AUUUUACCAUCAUACAUCAAGUCAUACAACUCUAUAUAACUACGCCAGUAGAUUUCAUUACAAGCUCGCAACCAUGAAGUUCAUCACCGUCGCCGUCGCCUUGACUUAUCUUGCAACCUCUGCGCAAGCCCUUGCUUAUGAACCUAAACUACUCAAUCGCCAGGAAAGUACCGACGCUUAUUGUGUCGGUCCAGAUGGACCGGAAUGCUCAGGCUGUCCCCAGGGCACAUCUUGCAUGACACGCGGCACUGGGGGAAUAUGCUGCAAAGCUGACGGAUGCACUUGCGAUUAUUAAUAAGGAGAGGGUUUCAUGGGAAAGGCAAUCUAGUUUCGUGGUAUCUAACCACCUAGGUACCAAGGCGAGUUUUAAAAUUCUUCACUCGGUGGAAGCCAUCGAGCUUUAGUUUUUACAUAUGAGAGAAUAAAUUGGAAAUUUCCAUUUUACUA